AUGCCUCCUCCAGCUCCAGCCGAGAAAAAGGCUGUCGGCUUCGGAGGGGCACCUCCGCGGAUCCCUGCCAGGCCAGAACCAAGCCUUGCUAUGUGGGAAUUACCCGAGGAGAUCCAUCUCGGUGCUGGAAGGAAACGCGACGCGCUCUGCUUCGUCCUCACCACUAGCACAGCUGCCCAUCUCCACAGCCAGACUCGCCGUGCUGAUCAGAUCAGCAGUCCCACCACCAGGCGACCCUUAUUGUCGGGUCCGUCAACCAUCCCCGGCUCUACUGUAGACCUUGAGAUUCUCUGGACCUCAGAACUCUCAGACUUGGGCUCCGAAGCUCUAGACCGGCACUCGCCGCCGUGUACUCGUGUGGUCUUGGAUAAGCUGCGUGUCUGUCCGGAUUCGCCUCCCGUGCUGGCGCGCGCAGAUCCAAAUACUACCGCCGCCGGUACAUACGAGUACUCCAGCUCUCGCCCGUCAUAUCACAGCCACAGGCCUAUCGUCGCCAUCGUCUGCCGUGCUUGGGCCCUGUUCGCAUGCCCUCCAGAGGCAAAAACCGUUGGAGAAAAGACGUUGCAGAGGAUCAACGCUCCGUUACCCACUCCAUCAUCCACCCUCGCCAUCUCGAUCUCGUCCCCUACUAGGCCUAGGUCCCUUACGAGACCACGCUAUCGUGCAAGCCGCAUCUUGGGUCUUGGUCUUCAUCGGAAGCCUGCCUUGUUCCAAGCUUUUCGACUCGAGCCGAACCCACGACCCUCCCUCGCUUUCUGGCAUCUUCGUCCCCCCACCGGCGCCUUGAUGCAGGAAAAGGACGACACCUCCGCCGAUAGCAUUGGCUUCGCCUCCGCCUCCGCCUCUGCCCGUUCCCCUGUUUCUGAACCUGCCACUGCCUUUCCUGCUGCUCCCGUCCACCAUCCGUCCUCAGCAGCGUCUUCGACUCGGGCACCCGGCGCCUUCGACUCCGGGUUGCCGAAUCCCGCCUUGGCCUCUCAAGACGAAGCUGAAGCUGCCGCCUCUCCUCGACCUCUUGCUGCGGUAUUGGAGACGGCUUCUUCACCAUUCCGCAGCAGCUUUGCACAGAGCCACCUAGAGCACUCGAGACACCAUUCGGCAGGCCGAUCGGCGGCGUCAUGGCAUACUGACAGUAACAAUCCAGACCAAAGCUCUUCGCCAUCCCCUGCGCAUCCAAUCACAGCCCUGCCGUCGCACAGGAGCUAUCCCAGCCUCAACGAAGCCUUGGCCGCAAGCCUAUCGUCGGCUGAUAGCAUUGGAAAGCGCCAGUCGCGCAAAGUCAAGGACGACCAGGCCAUGGGGUCGACACCAGUCAAGAAGGCUCGGACCGGGGCCUCUCCCCCUAGGAGGCUCGAAAUGCUGAGCGAUGCCAUGUUCCCCUUAGCACACAAGGCCGCACUCCAAGUAAGCCGCGAAGAUGCAGUCUCUCCCCUCUUCUUCUCUCAUGCCCCUGCGAGGCACUUCUCUCGCCCUCAAAGCGUUCCCGUCUCAGAUGUGGCUUCUGCCAUUCUGGCACACGCUCGCAAUGACGAUGCAGACCCCAUGACGACUCUCAAGCUCCCCAGAGCAAGUGUUAGCUCCACGAAUGCCGCUCUUUCUGGCAGCACGCCAUCUUCCAUGGACAUGUCUGCGCCGUCCCUAAGCCCUGACGUGCGCAGCCUGCCUCCCAGCUUGCAGAUGCUCCAGGGUGUUGGUGUUCUUGAGCUUCUCGAGCACGACGACAGGCCCACGUUCCUCGUCGAUCUGGCAAACCCAGCAAACACUCAACGGCCUGGGCUGCCCAUAGUGUACUACAACGCCUCUCUACGAGCGUCUGAGUCACUCCACGGCCAUCUAAGCCCCGACCAGGAAGACCCUGCUACUCCCGACUCGAUGGAGGAUUUCAAUGACUUCAGAUCCUGGGUUUUGACAAACGGCGUUGAUCCCCAUGAUACUCCCUCGCCGACGUACGAAUACCGGGGGAUUACGUGGCUAUGCACAACUUUGAGGCGUCGAUUUCGGUUCAUCAGCGGGAACAUUACCCAUCACUCCACUCGCCAAGCUUCACCAAAUGCGAUGAUGGAGGAGGAAGAAGAGGGGGAGGUACCUAUGUCGGGGCAAGAUGGUAGUGGCGACUGUCUAUCGACUCCAGCUACACCCGCUGCUGACAUCCCCGAGCCACAAGAUUACUUUGGCACCGCGACUGCGAAGCCUACGAUUGAGCCCAUGGACACAACCGAUAUAACUCCCGCGACUGGCACCAUAGAGCCGAUAUAUGACAUCAACCGCCGCCAUCCAGAUGACUUUACUAACCAAGUGCUGCAAUCACAGCCUGUAAGGUCGACCUUUGACUGGACCAGAAUUCCGUACAGCGAUAACCUGCCUGAACACAUCAAACUAGCAAAGUCAGUAGAUUGGGCCUCCACGCCUCUUGGCCCUAUGAGUGAAUGGGGCUACAGCCUGAGAGCCAUGGCAAAUCUAGUCAUGGGAAGCCCCAAUCCGGCUGCCAUGUACUGGGGCCGUGAAUACGUCAGCAUCUACAAUGCCGCAUUUGUGGCACUGGCAGGCAGUAAACAUCCAUCCCUCAUGGGCAAGCGGUACGGAGAUGCCUGGUUCGAGCUCAACGAAGAGUUCUCCCCCAUAUUCAAGUCAGCUUGGGAGUCUGGCCAAGCGACGAUGAAGAAUGAUGACCAACUCUUCAUCAACCGACAUGGCUUUUUGGAAGAAACCUUCUUCUCAUGGUCCAUCAUUCCUCUUCUUGGCGAAGAAGGCGAGGUUGUUGGCCUGUUCAACCCAAGUUUCGAAAACACCCGGCGGAGGAUCAACGAACGCCGAAUGCUCACCUUGCGAGAGAUUGGAGAGCGGACGGCGUCGGCAGCCUCCGUCAGCGAGUUUUGGCCGCAGGUCAGGUUAGGCUUGGCGUUCAACGAGUAUGACCUUCCUUUCAGCAUGAUCUAUUCCAUCAAGGAUGAUGCCGAAAGUGAAGUGUCAUCGCUACAGUCGGGUAGCCUCCCGCACUCCCCUCAGCUUAUUCUCGAAGGAUCUCCUGGUGUUCCGGAGGGUCAUAUCGCAGCCCCACCAACUUUGGACCUACGUACAUCAGAUGAAGGGUUUGCGCCAUAUGUACGGCAGUCGUUGGCAAGAGGCGGCACCCCUGUUGUGCUUUCCGAAGAGGACGGUACCCUACCAAAGCAUCUCAUAGAAGGAUUCGAGUGGCGGGGUUUCGGCGACCCUUGCAGGACAAUCGUCGUCUUCCCAGUUGUCCCUACAACCACGGGCGAAGCUGUGACGGGAUUUAUAGUACUAGGCGUAAACCCCCGGCGGCCAUACGACGACGACUACAAACUGUUCAUCCACCUUUUGUCACGGCAAUUGGCCACUUCCAUGGCCUCAGUUCUCUUGUUUGAGGAAGAAAUUCGACGUGGCCAGCGGGCGGCUCACUUGGCUGCUUUGGACCGCCAGGAGCUCUCGGAGCAACUUUGGCAGCGUACGCAGGAAGCCGAAGAGCUGGAAACCAAAUUUACGCGCAUGGCCGAGUUCGCGCCGGUUGGAAUGUUCAUCGCCGACCCAAGUGGCCAUAUAAACUAUUGCAACGAUAUGUGGUGGCAGAUUUCCCGACAUUCUCGGUCUGACCAGAUAGGCACCGCCUGGAUGGACAGCGUACGGAUCGAAGACAAGCCAGGGUUGAUGACAGCUUGGACAAAGCUUCUUGAGCAAAAGAUGACCAUCUCGGUGGAGUUUCGAUUCAACUGCAGCCAACUGUGUGGAGAUCACACAGUCGACACCUGGGUUUUGAUGAGCGCAUUUCCAGAGAAGGAUGCUGAUGGCAACUUGACGUCCAUCUUUGGCUGUAUCACAGACAUUUCCUCUCAGAAAUGGGCUGAAAAGGUACAGAGCGAAAGGCGCGAAGAGGCUGUAGAGCUUAAGCGGCAGCAGGAAAACUUCAUCGACAUUACGAGCCAUGAAAUGAGGAACCCCUUAUCGGCUAUCCUUCAAUGCGUUGAUCAAAUCGCCAAUAGCAUAGCUUCGUUCUCGGCCCAUUCGGAUAAAAUAGAGGUGGACGCCCUUUUAGAGUCUUGUCUUGACGCCGCCAACACCAUCAAUUUGUGCGCCAGCCACCAGAAGCGUAUCGUCGACGACAUCUUGACGCUGUCGAAGCUCGACUCCAACCUGCUGGCCGUUACUCCCGUCGAUGAACAGCCGAUCAAAGUCGUUCACCGUACUUUGAAGAUGUUCGAGUCGGAACUGCUUGCUCACGACAUAGACUUUGAGUUUCGGGUCGACAACAGCUUCGAGACGUAUGGAGUUACUUGGGCCAAGCUGGAUCCGUCAAGGUUGAGGCAAGUACUCAUCAACCUCCUGACCAAUGCCAUCAAGUUCACCCAGGGCCGAGAGAAGCGUGCUAUUACUGUAAGCAUGUGCGCUACCAAGGACAUCUCGGAGAUUACCAGUCAAGGGACUUUUUACUUUGAGCGGAACGACGUCCAGCGGACAGUCGGCAUGGAUAUCGACAACGAAGAGGAAUGGGGCACCGGUGAGCGGUUCAACAUCCACUGCUCGGUGGAGGACACGGGCGCCGGAUUGGGCGAUGAAGAAAUGAAGGUCUUGUUCCAACGCUUUUCGCAGGCGUCUCCCCGGACGCAUGUGCAGUACGGGGGUUCUGGGCUAGGGCUGUUCAUCUCGAGGAUCUUGACCGAAAUGCAAGGAGGCCAAAUCGGAGUCUCUUCUCAGAAAGACGCUGGGAGCAAGUUCAGUUUCUAUGUUCAAAGCCGCAAAUGCUUGAACCCUCCGUCUCAGUACGAACACAUUACGCCGUUCAAGCUCGAACGCAAGAUUCAAUCUCCGCCUACCCACGGCCAGCCCGCGAGCUGUCCCACGUCACGGAGCCAGUCGGAUGCAGGCCGCAGUCCCCUUUUUGACGUCCUCAUUGUCGAGGACAACAUUGUUAACCAGAAAGUCUUGCAGCGACAGCUGCGCAACUACGGCAACAACACGUUCGUAGCCAACCACGGCAAAGAGGCUUUGCAGACGCUGCAAAAAUCGAGGUUCUGGGCGGGCCAAGAACAAGAAGGCGUCGAUAUUUCCGUCAUCCUGAUGGAUUUGGAGAUGCCUGUCAUGGACGGCAUGACUUGCGCAAGGAAGAUUCGCGAGCUUGAAAAGGAGGGGACAAUCAUCAAGCACAUCCCCAUCAUUGCGGUCACGGCGUAUGCACGGCCUGAGCAGAUUGAAAAUGCAAAGGCUGCCGGAAUUGAUGAUGUUAUCUCCAAGCCAUUCCGCAUUCCCGAGUUGCUCCCCAAGAUUGAGGAGCUAGUGGGCAAGUACCAGAGCCUUUCUGUGUCGGAAGACGCAUAA